AUGUCCAUCUAUUAUAAUCUUUACACAGCAAUCCUCAAGGCAUCAUCUGAAACGAUUCUCAGUUGGCCACAAGGUCCUAACAUACCAUUCUUCACUAUCAAACAAACACGCAAGUCAAAAACUAACCCACAAUGUCUUGUAAUCACAUCUUACUCAGUCACUCCAUGGACAGCUGACCCUGAAAUCCCUGUACUCUAUUUUUCAGUUACAAGAGUUCCAGACACUACCACAGACGACAACAAUACAUAUACUGAUGACGACACUGACUGCAACUCAAUUGACCUCAACACACUUCCCCAAGAUACCUUCCUUACAGAUCCAGAAGAUAUCAUUGCAGAACUAGUGCCAGAACCAUACGCAGAUGAAAUCAAUAAAACUUUGCCUGCACUUUCUCAAGGCAUCCAUCCUUACACUGGACUUCCAGUCUUUUUUCUUCAUCCAUGUGCAACCCAGGAUCUACUUAAAAUAAUUGAAUCUCCAGAUCCUGUACUUACAAUGUACCGCUGGCUCCAAACUUUUGGUCGAGUAGUCUCUUUAGACAUCCCCGAAUACGUUCCUUAA